CCCUGGAAACGCAUUCUCAGGGAACCGGCAGUCGCCAAUGGGAAGGGAGCGAGUGCCACGAACAGGCCAAUAAGGAGGGAGCGGUGCGGGGUUUAAACCUGAGGCAGAGCUGGUUUCUCCCGGCGUGCUGCGUAGGAACGGCUGUUGGCCUGUGCUGGUUUAGGUCCUCGGCUCGUCGGGGGCUCUGGCGUUCUGCUUCUCCCCGCUGAGCUGCUGCCUGGUGGAGAGGAAGCCAUGGCGCUCCGGGUCACCAGGAACACGAAAACUAAUGCUGAAAAUAAGGCGAAGAUCAGUAUGGCAGGCGCAAAACGUGUGCCUUUGGCCACCGCUGCAGCCUGCAAGCCUGGGCUGAGGCCAAGAACAGCUCUUGGAGACAUUGGUAACAAAGUCAGUGAACAGCUACAGGCCAAAAUGCCUCUGAAAAAGGAAAUAAAAACUUCAGCUACUGGAAAAGUUGCUAAAAAACUACCAAAACCUCUGGAAAAGGCGCCGGUGCCCGAGCCAGAGGCGGAGCCACAGCCUGAGCCUGAGCCUGUUAAAGAAAAACUUUCGCCUGAGCCUAUUUUGGUUGAUACUCCCUCUCCAAGUCCAAUGGAAACAUCUGGAUGUGCCCCUGCAGAAGAAUAUCUGUGUCAGGCUUUCUCUGAUGUAAUUCUUGCAGUGAAUGAUGUGGAUGCAGAAGAUGGAGCUGAUCCAAACCUUUGUAGUGAAUAUGUGAAAGAUAUCUAUGCUUAUCUGAAACAACUUGAGGAAGAGCAAGCAGUCAGAGCAAAAUACCUACUAGGUCGGGAAGUCACUGGAAACAUGAGAGCCAUCCUAAUUGACUGGCUAGUACAGGUGCAAAUGAAAUUCAGGUUGCUUCAGGAGACUAUGUACAUGACUGUUUCCAUUAUUGAUCGGUUCAUGCAGAAUAAUUGUGUGCCCAAGAAGAUGCUGCAGCUGGUUGGUGUCACUGCCAUGUUUAUUGCAAGUAAAUAUGAAGAAAUGUACCCUCCAGAAAUCGGUGAUUUUGCUUUUGUGACUGACAACACUUACACUAAGCACCAAAUCAGACAGAUGGAAAUGAAGAUUCUAAGAGCUUUAAACUUUGGUCUGGGUCGCCCUCUACCCCUGCACUUCCUUCGGAGAGCAUCUAAGAUUGGAGAGGUUGAUGUUGAGCAACAUACUUUGGCCAAAUACCUGAUGGAACUAACUAUGUUGGACUAUGACAUGGUGCACUUUCCUCCUUCUCAAAUUGCAGCAGGGGCUUUUUGCUUAGCACUGAAAAUUCUCGAUAAUGGUGAAUGGACACCAACUCUACAGCAUUACUUGUCAUACACUGAAGAAUCCCUUCUUCUUGUUAUGCAGCACCUGGCUAAGAAUAUAGUCAUGGUGAAUCGUGGGCUUACACAUUCAGACUGCUUUUUCUCUUUGCCUCUACAGACAGUGCUGUUUAAAUAG